AUGGACAGCUUCACGGCUGGCCUUCGCUCUCUGGCCCAGGAGUCGAGCUCCAGAGGCGGCGGCGGCGCCUCCUCCUCCUCCUCCGACGGCGCCCAUCUCGCGUCCGGGAGAUCUCAGAUGUUGAUCCGCGCGCCUCCCGGGUACGAUUCCCCCUUCUCGCGUCCUCCCUGUUCUGGUUCGAUCGCUGCAGCUGUUUCUGGAUCGGAAACUCGAUCCGAAACUCUGCUCAUCGAUCCGGAGUUUCGAUUCCGAUUUCGAUUUCGGUCUUCCACCAGCCGUGAGAAAUCCGUGCGGAAGAUCAGUGGAUAGAUCGAGGUAGAAGAAGGGAAGGGAUCGUACGAAUGGCCUGAAUGUGGCUCGAGGCCUCUUCACCGCUUGAGGAGAGGCAGGCGAUCCACCAUAGCCGGAGCUCGAGGACGGGCUUCAAAUAGGGGGGUCGAUAAUCUUAGCGCCGCCAUUUGUGGAUGCAGGAGGGUGGUGACGCUGGGGACUUGCUCGAAGCUCUGCCUCCUCAGCUUCUCCGUCGGCGUGCUCGUGGGAUUCACUCUGAAGCGGCGCCUCCGGCGGUGGGCCGCCAAGCUGCUCAGGCGGCUGAAGGAAGACUGA